CACACACACACACAUGCAUGAUGAGUUGAUGACCCGCAUGACAUGAAGGGCUCUGCCGGCCUAUAAAUGCAUGCUUGCUUGUGUGGUAGUACUGCUUUGCUAAUAAUAAUAAUCAGGACUCAGGAGAGCGAGCAAAGAAGAAGAAGGCAACACGUACGACAGGCACAGUAGCCAUCUUUCCCAUCCUCUCUGGCUAGCUCUUUCCUAAGCUUAGGCUAGCUAGAGGUAGCUCUCCAUCCUUUGGGAAUUAAUAGUAAGUGUUUGGGACUUGGGAGAGGGAGAGGCGUCAUGUACCUGAACCCAAGAAUCGUAGGCUCUGGGGAGAGGACACUGGUUCUCUCCCAUGGCUAUGGAGGCAGCCAGGCUAUCUGGGACAAGGUGCUGCCGCACCUCUCACGGACGAACAAGGUACUACUCUUCGACUGGGACUUCUCGAGUACCGCCGCCGCCGCCGGAGAAGAGGAGGACGCGGAGCACAGCUGCUACACGUUCUCGAGGUUCGCCGAAGAGCUGGUGGCGCUCAUGGACAAGAUGAAGCUGAGCGGCGCCGUGUACGUGGGGCACUCCAUGGCCGGCAUGGUCGGCUGCAUUGCGUCCAUCACGCGCCCCGACCUCUUCACCCACCUCGUCCUCGUCGGCGCAUCCCCGAGGUACAUGAACUCGGAGGACUACGAGGGCGGGUUCGACGAGCUCGACAUCAAGGCGAUGCUGUCGAGGAUCUCGUCGGACUUCCGCGGCUGGGCCGAGGGCUUCGUGCCGCUCGCCAUCGGCGGCAGCGCGGACGACCAACCCUCGGCGGCGGAGCUGCUGGCGCGGAGCUUCUUCGCCAUGGACCCGCGCGUGGCGCACGGCCUGGCGCGCAUGAUCUUCCUGGGCGACCAGCGCGAGCUGCUGGGUGACGUGGCCGUGCCGUGCACGCUGGUGCACGUCUCCGGCGACUUCGCGGCGCCCCCCUGCGUCGGGCGCUACAUGCAGGCCCGCAUGCGCACCGCCUCCAUGUAUACCAUCGACUCGGUGGGACACUUCCCGCAGCUCGUCACGCCCGACGAGAUGCUCAGGAUACUCGACCGCAUUCUCGUCGGCUCCGCUGCUUCCCAAGAGGAGGAGACUACCGCGGCGGCGGCGGCUGCCGCCAAGACCGAGACGACGAGUAGCGAGGUCGUAUCCUCUGGUGGUGUUGCCGAUGCGCUGGAGUCCAAGGGCCGUAUCGACGUGGCGACAUAGUGCUCCUGCUGCUCUGGUGCAACAUCCCUCUCGAAGUCUCGAUCUAUCAGCCUUGGCUGGCUCUUGUGCUGGUCUCAGUUGAUUUGCUUCGGUCCACACUCCACACGUUUAACUUACAUUAUUGCGCUUUUGGAUUUUCUAAUGCGUAGAAACAUUACCAUGGUUCGUUCGGAAUUUUUAGCCAUCACGUCACCCAAACUGCGUGUAUUAUUGGUUUGAUCAUGGAUUGAAUUAAAUGAAACACUGAGUGUUAAAGCAUUGUAAAUGACAUGCAUGGUUUGCAGCCUUGCAGGAUUCUAGCUUCCUAGAAUUAUUUAUUUUUUUGGAAAAUAUUUCAUGGAUUGAAUUAAAUGAAACACUUGAGUGUUAAAGCAUUGUAAAUGACGUGGUUUGCAGCCUUGUA